AUGCUGGCCCGAAGAUCAGUCAUCGGAAAGCCUGGCUUUGUUUGCCGGAGCUGUGUUCGGCAGUAUCAGUUUCAACUGCGCCGGGCUUCCACUUCCACCCAAGACAACAUCUACGAUGUCGUAUGUGUUGGCGGCGGUCCAGCUGGUCUGAGCUUGUUGACUGCUCUGCGGACAAAUCCCAUUACCGCCGGUCUCCGAGUCGCCCUUGUCGAAGCCCAAGAUCUCUAUAAGACCUCCUCUUUCUCACUUCCUCCGACCCAAUUCUCCAACCGAUGUAGCUCCCUCACCCCCGCAUCGGCCCAGUAUCUCGACAAGAUCGGUGCAUGGCGGUAUCUGCAACGUGGGCGUGUCCAGGAGUACCAGGAGAUGCAAGUAUGGGAUGGAGUGACAGGCGCCCGCAUCGAGUUCGACUGGCCGCCCAAUACGACGGGAGACAAGACAAUUGCCUACAUGACCGAAAAUUUAAACUUGACAUCUGGCCUACUCAAGAGAUUAAACGAACUUGGCGGAGUGGACGUCUUUGACAAUACAAAGGUCGAGAGUAUCGGCCUGGGCAAGGAGACUGAAGAGCUGGACCUGAGUGAAUGGCCAGUUGUGCAACUCUCGGGUGGUCAAUCAUUAGCUGCCCGACUUCUCGUAGGUGCGGACGGAGCGAAUAGCCCGGUGCGUACCUUUGCUGGCAUCAACAGCCGCGGCUGGGACUAUGGUAGACACGGUGUUGUCGCAACACUAGAGCUUGAAGGCGAGGGCUGGGGCGGCCAAUUCAAUAAGAUCGCGUACCAGCGAUUUCUGCCUACGGGCCCUGUUGCGAUGCUACCUAUGCCUGGCAAGUUUGCUACGCUAGUCUGGUCUACAACACCCGAAAAGGCUUCUCUUCUCAAGAGUCUCAGUCCCAAGGACUUUAUCGCCAUGGUCAACGCCGCCUUCCGCUUGAGCCCUGUCGACAUUGGAUUUAUGCACACUCAGCAAGACAACCAAGACGAGGAGCUAUCCUGGCGUCUACAGCACACCAGCGUUGAUGCCGAGGCGCUUCCUCAGACCGUUGUCGGCGUUCAGGAGGGCAGCAUCGCAUCUUUCCCCCUGAAGUUGCGCCAUGCCGAUACCUAUACCGGCGAGCGUGUUGCGCUUGUUGGCGACGCCGCGCAUACCAUUCAUCCCCUGGCUGGCCAAGGCUUGAACCAAGGUCAAGGGGAUGCUCAGAGUCUGGCCAAGACUAUUGAGUAUGCUGUUUCUCAUGGCCAGGACCUGGGAACUCAACUCUCCCUAGAGUCAUACAACAGCGAGCGUUAUGCCGCCAACCAUAUCAUUCUGAACGUUUGUGAUAAGCUUCAUAAACUAUACGCCGUCGAGAGUGGUCCUCUGGUGCCGCUGCGUUCGGUUGGCCUCAGGGCCGUCAAUGCUCUGGGACCUCUAAAGAGCUUCUUGAUGGGACAGGCUUCUGGCACUGGUACCAAGCUGCUAUAA